UUCAGGAAGCAGCAUGAGCCACUAAAUAAAUAAGUUGCCAUCACACCAGGUAAAUGUUCCCUAAUGAGAGGCGUUCAGCAUGUAAAUACACUUUACACGUUAACAGAAUUAGCAGGUCGGCUGGCGAAAUAACGUUAGCGAAGUUGCCAGGAAGAUUCCCUCAACCUGCAUGCGUCUUCAAUCAUGCAGAAGGACAUAAGCUCCGUGAUGUCCUGGUUCUCCAGCCCCGUGUACAGCCGCUACUGGCAGCACUACCAGCAGGCUAUGGCCUGGCACCAGAGGCAUGGGCGAGCCUACCGAAAGGCCUUGGAGGCGGCCUACGGCUACAGCCAGGAGGAGCGGUAUCCCAGCAGCCACCUGCAGCGCUACGCUGACUGGAACGCAGGAGAGGAAGACGACGGAGAGGACGGGGACGAGGAGAGCGACUCGGACAGCGAGAUCGAGUGCGACGUCAGCAACAUGGAGAUCAGCGAGGAGCUUCGGCAGUACUUCGCCCAGACAGAGAAACACAGAGAGGAGCUGAAGAAGCAGCAGCAGUUGGAGGCCGAGCAGCACGAGAGCUACGUGCCGGCCGACCAGGACCUGCGCGGCGGCGCCUCCUGGCGAAGUAGCAUGGCCCCUCCCUUGGAGCGACCCGGCGAAAGACGCGGGGCUGAGAUGAAGAAGCUGUACGGCAGGGACUCCGCCAAGAUCCUGGCCAUGGAGGCGGCAAUGCAGCUCAAUUUCGACAGGAACUGUGACCUCAAACAGCCCAAGUACUGGCCUGUUAUUCCACUGAAACUGUGACGGCUGCGGGCUGUGAACGCUUUGAUUUGGAGGAAAUCCCUUCCCUGAUCUCUUGGUGAGACAGCAGCUUUGUCGUGUAAUGGAUUGUGGCUGCUGAUGGAGAACUUAUGGUGUCGCUUAGCUGAGGGUUACGAGUUAUUUUAAGCACGGGAAAAAAAAGUUGCAUAAAUUAGCCGAGCUUCUGCUUCGACAGACGCGAAUGCUACUGACCUGUCAGCGGCCCUGCUCUAAAUGAAAACCUAUGAUUUUUUUUGAUUUUUUUUUAAUGCUACAUAUAACGUUGGAUUUCUUUGUUGCUUUACACGUUUACAGAAGUUUAUUUUUAACUCCGGAUCAAGCAAGCAACACUACCGUUUAUCCAAGAGACUGCAUGGUUUGUACGUGGUCCUUCCAAAGUUGUUUUUGACAGAUUUUCGGGACGAAAACUGAAAAGCACCAAGAAUAAAAGUGAAUGUGCCUGCGUGUAACCUCCUAAUGUGUUUCUGUGUAGCCUCUAGCUGGGUGGUGAUGCAUGCGGCAGGAGCUCUUCUUAUGCUUAUCAACUUGGUCUAACCACAAAACCAUUUCCACCCCCCCCUUUCC